AUGAAAUUACGCAAGGAGUGUGCUGUUAAAGAAUCAACAAAUUUAGUUCAAGUGAGUUCUGAAAGUGGACAAUCGAGUGGAGGUUCAAAGUCUCGGUUGGUAAUCGGAAAUGUAAAAUUAGCUGUGGAAAUUUCACGUGAAAUUCAUUGCAGUGCUUAUCAGACAGCAUUUGUUGGACCACUAAAAGCUUUACAAUCCACCGAAUGA